AUGCCUUCCUCAAAGGUCUUUGCAGCCAUCUUGGCUGCUCUGGCCGUGGCCGACGCCAGCCCUUGUAAGCCCAAGCCCGUCACAACGAGUGGUUCAACCGCUGCUGUUGUGGCUACUUCUGGCUCAACCGACAUUCUUUCCUCCACUGCUACUACUGAGACUGCUGUUACCACUACCACUGGAGCUGCUUGCUCUCACUACACUCCUUACACUGAGAUUGUCCCCGCCGAUUGUGGCAAGACUGGUGUUGCACCCAACUGCGCUGACAAGGUCAUUGGAUCUCCUAUCACUGUUACCGACUACGCUGCGUGUGGUAACACUUGUGGUUUGACUGUUGGCUGCAAGUCUUUCUCCAUCAGGGAUACUUCUUGUACCCUGUACAAUGCCCCCGUUUCUUCACUCGGAUAUACGUUCAACGAGGGUUCCGAUGCUAGCCACUUCUAUGACCUCGACCUUUGCUUCGGAUGUGGUGAGGGCACAACCACCUCUGGUACUGAGACUGCCACUGGAUCUCAGACUACUGGAUCUGAGACUGAGACCUCCGCUACUGGUUCUGCUACCGAGACUACUGGCACUGCUUCAGCUGGAACUACAACUGCUACCGGCUCAGAGACAGAGACUUCAGCUACUGGUUCCGAGACUGGAACAACAACCGCCACAGGAUCUGAGACCGAGACCUCUGGUACAGCCCAUGCUACGGGCACAACCGACACUGAGACCUCAGCCACUGGUUCUCAGACCGAGACAACAAAUGCUCCUGGCGCUACCACUGAGACCUCAGCUACCGAGACCCUCACAGCCAACACAGACACAACAACAGCCGCUGCCACAACUACAACCUCGGCCGGCUGCACAGCCUACACACAGAUCGCCAACCCUCCUUAUAACAACUGCAACGUUAGGGGUUCUGCAAGUGCGGGCGCCGUCAUGAGUCAACUCGCAACGUACGGCAACACCGCCAGCGCCAACGACUGUGCCCUUAAGUGUGCUAACUACCAGGAUGCCCUUCACCCCAACGAUAAGUGUCGCUCCUUCGCCUUGGAUGGAUCCAACACCUGCUAUGUCUAUAGCACUACUGUUAGCAACCUGGGCAUCAACCGCAGCGGCCUUCCUCAGUGGGAGUUUAACGAUCUGGAUGCUUGUUACUCUUGUGAUGAGGGUAGUGCUACCACCACCACUGCUGCUGGUGUUGAUACCACUAGCACUGAGGCCGGAACUACUACGACCGAGACUGGCUCAGAGACUGGUACUACCACCGAAGCUGCUGGAUCUACCACCACUACUGAGGCUGGCUCUGACACAACUACCACCACUGCUGCUGUUGAGUCUUCUACCACUGAGGCUGCCACAACCACAACCUCCGCCGGCUGCACAGCUUACACCCAGGUCGCCAAUCCCCCUGCAUCCGACUGUGCCGUCCGAGGCGCUCCCAACGGCUUCGCUGCCUUCAUGUCCCAGCUCAUUGGCCUCCCUAACCUCGACAUUGCAGAGUGUGCUCGCCAGUGCGGUAUGUACCGCAGUUCCACCAUUGUUAAUGAUAAGUGUCUCUCGUUCGGUCUGGACGCGAGCAACACUUGCUAUCUGUACAAGGUCCAACUUAGCACUCUGAAUCCCGAUACCGCCGGCACUCCUGCCCUGGAGUUGUAUGACUUUGAGGCUUGCUAUUCUUGUGAUGAGGGUGGUUCUACUACUACUACUACUGAGAGCGGAACCACGACUACUGAGGCUGGAUCUGGUACCACUACCACUGCUGCUGGCGUUGACACUACCACUACCGAGACUGGCUCCGAGACUGGCACUACUACUACUGAAGCUGGUGUUGGAUCUACAACCACCACCGAGGCCGGUUCUGAUACUACCACUACAGCUGCUGGUGUUGACACCACUACCACUGAGGCUGGAACUACCACCACCGAAGCUGCUUCCACCACCACCGACUCCGUCUGCACCGGCUACACCCCCGUGCCCAACCCCCCCGCUGCAAACUGCGCCGUCAAGGGCAAGUCUAACAAGGACUCUCUCAACGACAGCCCUGGUACCAGCGCCAACGACUGUGCCGCCAAGUGUAGCGAGAUCUCUGGCUGCAAGUCCUUUGCUUACAAGGCUUCCGCCAACACUUGCACUUUCUGGGGUCUCACUGUGAGCCAGUUGCAGAUCAGCACCUGUGCUUCUGCCGAGGAGUCUGAGUUCUACGACUUUGAGAUCUGCUAUGCUGGUUGCGCUCAGGCCACUACCACCACUGAGGCUGCUGGAUCUACCACGACAACUGAGGCUGGUGUUGAAACUACUGUUACCACUACUACUGAGGCUGGUGAGGGUUCUACCACUACAACUGAAGCUGGAGCUGCUUCCACCACGACAACUGAGGCCGGCGUUGCUUCUACUACCACUACUGAGGCUGCCUCUACCACCGAAGCUGCUUCUACCACUGAGGCUCCUACAACCACCACAACCGAAGCUCAGUCCACCACCGAAGCUCCCACCACAACCACCGCAGCCCCUAUCUGCACCAACUACAUCCCCCUCCCCAACGCCCCCUCAACCUGCGGCAAGCAAGGCAAGGUCUCCUGCCGCUCCGCCCAGAAGCUCGGCCAGGCCACGUCCGUCACCGACGUCAACGUCUGCGGCAAGCUCUGCGGCACAACCCUCACCUGCAAGACCUUCUCCUACACCCCCAAGUUCCGUAGCUCCGGCGGUUACUGCCAGCUCUACUCCGCACCCCUCUCCCAGCUCAGCUUCACCCCCUGCAACACGGGCGUCAAGUUCUACGACCUCGAUACAUGCUACACUUGCUCCAACACUCCUACGCCUACACCGCCUGCUACGUGCUCCAAGUACGUACCCGCGUUUGAGAAGUGCGCCAAGGACACGCACUGCGGAACGCGCGGUGAGAUCUGCCAGGAGGAUAAGAUCAAUGUCGCGGGCGAUGCGUCGUGCCUUGAGAACUGUGCCAAGAGCUGUAUUGACUAUGGAAAGGAGUGUAAGUACUUUAGCUACCAGCCUGCGUUCUACAACAGCGCUGCCCAGUGUAAGCUGUACAGGAGUGGAAAGAUUACCAAGAAGAGCACUUCUUGGGUCAAGUUCUACGAGCAGGAUUGCUUCAAGUGCCAACAGUCCAAGUAA